AUGCGACUACCAUUGAAUAAAAAAGAAAUAUUUGUAUUAUUUCUAGGUAUUUUAUUUCUAGUUCUUGGAAUUGUAACAUGGUCCACAUUUGCUACAAUUUAUUUAUCUGGUGUCAAAGCAAAUCUGCAAUUUUUCCAAAAUAAAGACACAAGCCUUGGUUUGGCUGCUUUUCAAUAUACACAUCCAGCAAUGACAAAUAUUAUGAAGUUUUAUUUUUUCAAUUUGACAAAUCCAGAUGAAGUCAAAUAUAAUGCUGCAAAACCAUGUCUUGUUGAAAUUGGACCAUUCGCUGUUCGGUGAGUAAUAAUUCAAGUUUUUUGUGAAUUUGGAAUUCGGAAUUAUUUAGUGAAAGCGAAGAGAAAAAAUAUAUCGAAUUCAAUGGAGAUUCAACACAAAUGUUUUAUCAAAAUUAUAAAAAAUAUAUUCUGAACAAAGAGAAUAGUUGUGAAGAUUGUGAUUGGAAUAUGAAUUUAUUGUUUCCAAAUCCACCAGGAUUGGUAAGAUUUUUUAUUGAGAAAAAAAUGAUCAUUUAUGGUUUCAGGGAGCGGUUGGUUCAAUGAUUGAUCCACGAUUUAAUAUCACAAAAACUGGAAGAACAAUAAUUGCAAUUGGUCUAACUCUCUUAGGAGAAUAUCCGUUUACGUAAGUCUUUUUUGCAGACUACAAAAAUGUUCGCCGAGUUAUAAUCAAGUUUUUUUUAUUAUUAUUAUCAUACCACUGAUAAGAAUUAAUUAACUAUUCGGUCGACAUUUUGAUUGCAGGUCUCACAAAGUACGAGAAGUUUUAUUUGAUGGAUAUGAGGAUCCAUUUUUGUCGGCAGCACAUUCCGGGGUACUGUAGUUUUCAAAGAAUAUUUAAGAUUAAAGAUUUUUUGUAGAUCAUCAGUAUUAUUUCUGGAAUUUACGCAGGACCUGGUAAAAGUAUUAUUCCAAUUCCGGUUCCUGAAAUGAAAAAAUUCGGAUAUUUUCAAGGAGUAAGAAAAUUAAUUCAUCGAUUUUUUAAAUAUUUUAAUAAUUUUUUAGUAUAAUAAUUCUCGCGAUGAAGAAUAUUGGGUAGAAACUGGAAAACGGGAUACAAACAAAAUAGGAAAAAUUGAUAAAUGGGGAGGUCAAACUAAAUUGCCAGCUGAUUGGUGGACCACUGAUUUUGCAAGACAAAUUAGAGGAUCAGGUGAGAAACAAUUAGUCUGAAAACAAUCUGGAACACAUUAUUUCAAUACCUUCAGAUAGUGGAAGUUUUACACAAAUGCAUUUGACAGAGGAAUCCACAUCUGAUUUUUUCUUUUCUUUUAUGUGUCGAAGUUUUACAAAAACUUAUUAUUCAACACAAAUUUUCCAAUCAAUUCCAACACUUGGGUAUGUUUUGAUUACUGUAGUUUUUAUUUUUCCUCUCAAAAAACAAAUUUCAGUUUUCAUGUUGGAUAUGAUGAAUGGGAUACCACUUCUGAUAAAAACAUUGGAUUUAGAUAUCGAAAUGUGGAAAAACGAAACUAUUUUCCAGAUUGGCCAAGUUGUCCACCGUAAGAUCUUUUGAUUUUCAAGAAUUCCAAACAAAGAUUAUUUUCAGAAAAGGUCAAUGUAAACAAUCUGGUUCAAUUGAUUGUUCAAAAUCUGAGAAUUUCUGUCAUGCUUGUUGUGAUGGUUCACAUUAUAAUGGAACAUAUUUGCUUCCACCUGGAAUGUUUCCAUUGGUUUGUUAUCCAGGACGACUUCAACCAUCUCCAUUUUCUGUAAUUUAUUCACCUCCUCAUUAUUUAUUUUCUCCUCCUGAAACACGAACUACAGUAAUCGGAAUGAAUCCAGAUCAACAAAAACAUGAACCUAUGAUUUAUUUUCAUGAACCGGUAAGAAACAAAUGUUAUGAAACAAAUUGACAAAAUAUUUUUGAUUUACAGUUCAGCGGAACAACUCUCCAAGUUACAAAUCGUCUUCAAGUGAAUAUGCCAGUUAUAAAAUCACAUGAUGUUCCGUGAGUUUCUUUUAUAUUUUCUGAAAAUGUUAAUUCAACAUUCAUUGUUUUUGUUUUCAGAUCGAGUCAAAAUAUGCCAAAUGUUGUGAUUCCAUUAUUUUGGCAAGAAUCAAUUCCAGUUCUCGAUCAAUUUAUUUAUAAUACAGCUUGGUUUGGAUUUGUUUUAGUUCCUCGUUUAGUAACAAUUAUUCAAUUUGUUGAAAUUGUUAUUGGAAUUCUUCUUAUUGUUGUAAUUAUAGUUUUUAGAUAUCGAAGACGAGAAAAACCAUUCAUUUUAACAAAUCAUUAUAAUUUUGAAAAUGAGAAUGUUAAUUAA